AAUGUGGAACACAAGUAAUUGCGAUAAUUUCCAAUUUUUUCUGGAGACAAUUGUAAACAUUCGAGAAAUUCCACAAAUAUAAAGCAAAACUACAAGUAAAUAACAAAAAUUUGGACUGCGCAAUACAAAACAAUAAUCUAAGCAAAUGUUCUAAAAUCAUUUUAACAACUUCGUAGCAAUGGUGAAUGUUAUGAAAGGUGUAUUUGUUGAAUGUGAUCCGGCUAUGAAACAAUUUCUUUUGCAUCUGGACGAAACGCUUGCAUUGGGACGUAAAUUUAUCAUACAAGAUUUGGAUGAGAAUCAUUUGUUCAUUUCUACUGAUAUAGUGGAAACGCUGCAAGCACGUGUGGAUGAUUUAAUGGACCGCAUCAGUUUUCCGCUACAUGAAAAAGAUCCUUAAAUUUACACUCAAAAUUUACUCUAUAUAUAAAAUACAAGUCUUUCACUAUAAACCAAUCUACUUUACAAAGCAACAAUCAUGAC